AUGCCUUCUAAUAAGCUUCGUCUCCACAUUGCCUUAUACGAUCGCGCUGGCACACCAGAGCCUGGAGAUCAGUACAGCUGGGGCUUUAUUAUCGGACCCAAAAUCAAGGCGAAGACGAAGAGGGCCAAAUUUCCGAUGUGGGCGAGUGAUGAAGAGCCAGUAUGGCCAUACGAAGCAUCACCCUUAACACCAAACUCAAAGCUGCUGGUUAGUGUUAUCAUCGGCAAGAUUGAGAGCAUAAGUCAGCUCCAGUCAAUUUUCAAGCGUCCACUCUUUCUUCCUGAAGUAAAAGGCAGGAAUGGCAUGAAGUGGGCUAAGGAGGCUCUCGAUGCAGUUAUGCAAGAUCCUUUCGCCCUCGGCACAUCUAUUAACGACUGGGAGGCUAUCCGAAGUAAAAUUUUAUUCUACGCCGCAAUGAAGAUUGCUGUUGAUAAAUGCGGUGAACAAUCGACUUGGGAUAUGCUUGAGAAUAGAGCAGUAAUGUACUGA